CAGUCAUUAUGAACAAACUUAUUUUGGCUGAACCUCCAACUGAAAGCAGUCAUAAGUCUACAACAAAUCCUUUUAUGCCAGCAUAUAUAGUAGAGGAAGUUAUUACCGACGCUGUACCAGAUCGAAGUAAAAACUUUCAGUUUCCAUCAAUUAUUAAUCCAAGUUCCACAAAUCAUAUUACAAAUAACGUACCUGUACCCUCAUAUGUCGUAUGUCCAUCGGAAGUCUUACAGAAGACUACAAACUUUGAAGCUGAUGGUAGCUCAAGAUACAAUUACGGUCCUAAUUACUACGAGAAAAAUAGAAAUCAAUGUAAAAUAUACAGAUUCCAUAGAAGAUUUCCAAGUGAGCGAUAUAAUUGUAAGACAUUAAUAUAA